CGCUCUGCUCCGCCUGCUGGGGGAGGCUCUGUCCUUCUCACACUGCGCCCAGCCACGUUUCCGGCUCGCUGGGCCCCUCUCGCCGGCAGCCGGCCCCGGGCGCGGAGCGGAGGGGGCGGGACGGAGCCGCUUCUCCUGCCGGGUGAGGGUGGCCGCUCAGGGUCGCUGCCUCGGUGCAGCGCGGCGGCUGCUGCGAGAGCCCGGCUCGGGAGGCGGCGGCGACAGGUUCAAUAUGCUAUUAAAUGCUGACCAAGUAAACCUAAUCGGACAAGUGUUUGAAUCCUAUGUUUUGGAACAUCACAGGAAUGACAUCUUGAAUAUCUUAAGGGAAAGAGAUGAUGAGGGACAUUACCCAGUCAUUGUUGAUGCCCUCACCCUUUUUGAGACCAACAUGGAAAUUGGAGAAUAUUUCAAUGCAUUUCCAAAUGAAGUGCUCCCUAUUUUUGAUAAUGCAUUGCGCAGGGCAGCCAUGACAGCUCUGCAAUCUGCUUCCCAGACUCACGAUUUUAGCAUUAAGCAGAAUCUUCAUGCCAGAAUAUCAGGUUUGCCUGUUUGCCCUGAGCUAACCAGAGAACGUAUCCCUAAAACCAGAGAUGUGGGUCACUUUUUGUCUGUUACUGGAACUGUUAUUCGUACCAGUCUAGUGAAAGUCCUGGAGUUUGAACGGGAUUACAUGUGUAACAAGUGCAAGCACGUUUUUGUGGUCAAAGCUGAUUUUGAGCAGUACUAUGCUUUCUUCCGUCCAUCAACCUGCCCUAAUGAAGAAGGCUGCAAUUCAUCUAAAUUCACUUGUCUCUCAGGAACAUCCUCUGUUCCCACCAGCUGCAGAGACUAUCAAGAAAUCAAAAUUCAGGAACAGGUUCAAAGGCUAUCUGUCGGAAGCAUCCCUCGUUCUAUGGUGGUUGUCCUGGAAGAUGACUUAGUGGACAGUUGCAAGUCAGGUGAUGACAUCACAGUGUAUGGAGUGGUAAUGCAGAGAUGGAAACCCUUCCACCAGGAUGUGCGCUGUGACCUAGAGAUUGUUUUGAAAGCCAAUUACAUUCAAGUGAACAAUGAACAACUGACAGGGGUUAUAGUUGAUGAGGAGGUUCAGAAGGAAUUUGAAGACUUCUGGGAAAAACAUAAGCGUGAUCCCGUAGCAGGGAGGAAUGAAAUUUUGGCUAGCUUGUGUCCCCAGGUUUUUGGAUUGUAUCUUGUGAAGUUGGCUGUAGCCAUGGUGCUUGCUGGGGGUGUGCAAAGGGCUGAUGCUGCAGGAACUCGAGUGAGAGGUGAAUCACAUCUUCUGUUGGUUGGAGAUCCUGGCACAGGGAAAUCUCAGUUUCUCAAAUAUGCGGUAAAGAUUACACCACGAUCUGUGCUUACUGCAGGAAUUGGAUCUACAAGUGCAGGUUUGACGGUAACUGCGGUGAAGGAUUCUGGAGAAUGGAAUUUGGAAGCUGGAGCACUCGUGCUUGCAGAUGGAGGUCUUUGUUGUAUUGAUGAGUUUAAUAGCAUCAAGGAACAUGACAGAACCAGCAUACAUGAAGCAAUGGAGCAACAAACCAUCAGUGUAGCUAAGGCAGGCUUAGUGUGCAAGCUGAACACAAGAACCACUAUAUUGGCAGCAACAAAUCCAAAAGGCCAGUAUGACCCUAAUGAAUCAAUCUCCAUGAACAUAGCCCUUGGCAGUCCUCUAUUGAGCAGAUUUGACCUGGUCUUAGUAUUGCUAGAUACAAGAAAUGAAGACUGGGAUCGCAUAAUUUCUUCUUUCAUAUUGGAAAACAAAGGAUGCCCAAGCAAAUCAGAAAACCUCUGGAGCAUGGAAAAGAUGAAAACCUACUUUUGUCUGAUAAAGAAUCUACAGCCAAAAUUGUCUGAUGAGAGCAACCUGAUUCUCGUCCGUUAUUACCAGAUGCAGCGGCAGAGUGAUUGCAGAAACGCUGCCCGAACUACCAUUCGCUUAUUAGAGAGUUUGAUACGCUUAGCAGAAGCCCAUGCUCGAUUGAUGUUUAGGGACACUGUAACUUUGGAAGAUGCUAUAACAGUGGUCUCAGUGAUGGAAUCGUCUAUGCAGGGAGGUGCACUUCUUGGAGGCAUCAAUGCACUGCAUACCUCAUUUCCAGAAAACCCAAUGGAGCAGUAUCGAAUGCAAUGUGAACUCAUCCUGGAGCGACUGGAGCUGCAGAAUCUUCUGCAUGAAGAAUUCAAAAGACUUGACAGAUUAAAGAAUGAAAAUUCAUGCCAGUUGCAGUCUGGAGAGACCAGCAAAAAUACUACCUAUGGAUCCUUAAGCGAUGAUACCUUUGGGCAGUCAGAGCAAAUGUCCCAGACAGAACUGUCAGACCAACAAGGGAAUAACUGCAAACAGCAAAAUUCUUUGGUCAAAGGGAGAAGUAAAACUGAUACACCUCUAGAGCCCUCAGCUAGCCAGGGAGCUGGUAAAAACAGAGAUACAAAUAACCUGAGUAAACACAAUGAGAGCAGAGCUGAUGGCAGCUUGACCUGGUUUGACAGCAUGGUAGAUGGCAACAUGGAUGCUGAAGAAAGUGUUCAGCAAUCCCUAAUCCCCAAGAGACCUGUAGAUAAUUUGGCUUUGAAAACACUCAAUGACAAAUCCUGUUCUAAAGAAAAAAAUGGUUCAAGACAAAGCAGAGAAACUGGGAUGGGACAGUCACUGGCAACUGUGGACCUCAAUGCUACUUUUAGACAGGAUGUAGUUUCUGGUAUUGAUGAGAAAAGGACAAAAGGACAUAAAAAUCUUUAUUCUGAAGCAAAUAUUAAAGAUCCAGCCUCAGAAAAUGCUAGUGUGCCUGAUUCAGUGGUGACACAACAUGUCUCUAAGAAGUGGCAGAGAUUGCGCACAGAGAGAGCUCACAAUUUUUGUGCAAGUACACAAGACCCCAAAGCAGACACCUUUCCUUCUCCAUUGUCUUUCCAGUCAGCAGCUGACCCACGAGUUCCUUCAGGUGACAUGAAUAAUGUUUGUGCAAUAGGAAAGAGUAGGAAUAAUGUGACAGUAGUAGCUGAGAAGCAGAUAACUUCCAUGAGAAAAAGAAAUAAAGACCAAACGGUAAAGGAAGCAAUCACAGCAGGUUCCAAUGAGCCGGAAAUCAUUGAGACUGAAGGACCUCCAGUGGCUAAACUAGCUAAAUUUUCAUUCAGACAAAGGACAAAAUUUGUUCAUUCUUCUGAAAAUAAGAGCAAUGCAGAAUUGCCUCCCUCACAAUCAGAGGCUGUUUUUAAGCCUCACAGGAUUUUGAGAACUGUAGCAGAAGAAGAGCAGCCAGAGGAAGAACGUUAUCCCCCUGCGAAACACCAGAAAAAGCUAACAAUGAGUUUAGGAAACAAUAGUUUGGAGAAGAAACCCCUUGAUAAUAAAAGAAAGGAGCAGCAGCAAAAUGAAACCUUACAAAGAGAAAUCAAAGAAGCUACAACUGGACACUCAGAGACCAAACAGAUCUCAGAUAUUAGACACCAUGCUGUGUUAACGCCAACUGCCGAGAAAAACAGGAAAGGAGAGGAAAUGCCUGGUGGCCUGAGCACAAAGAAGGUGUGCUCCAGCACGUUAGCAAAACUAGCCAGGUUUUCCUUCAUGUCACCUCCUGAAUCAAAAUCGGAAAAUCCACCGUCACUUAAUGUCACCAGCAACAGCAAGGAAAGCCAGGGACUGCCUCUGAAGACCCAUUCUGAGAGCACCAGCAUCAAAAGAAAGUGUUUUGGACUGGGAAAUGCCAGCAAUAAAAAUGUGGUCACAGGAAAAUCUCUCUUCUCAAUAACAGAUUUAGACGAUGCCACAUUAGAUUUUGAUUGGGAUGAAGAGAUUAGGAAAAACCCAAGGUCAUAAACCAUACUACCUUUCUCCAGCCCCGAUCCACCUGUCAUUAUCAACAUAUUACUGGGAAACAAUAUCACUCAUACUAAUUAUUUUUAACGCUCUCAGGCAGCACCUCAGCUGGCAUAAAUCAAAAUAUUUCUUUUAAGUCAUUGAAGCUAUGUCAAUUUACAGCAGCUGAGGAUUUGACAUACACCAUAGUUCAGAUGCUAGUUUACCUCUCUAAUUGUUUACAAGACUGUUUAUAAUAUCUGUUGACUGUUUCAGUUGACCUGAUGUAACUUGAAAACUCAUGUGAUUUGUGAUCCUAUUCAGAGUAUAGUGGUACCUGCAAAUGAAGCAGGGUUAAUUGACAUUUUUUUCUUAAUUCAUAAACCACACACAAUUCUAAUUGAUCUUGCAUCCCAUGUACCAUUUAUUCCAAUCUUUUGAGGACAGUGUUAGCAAGAUGGCGAAGCAAAAGCUAACCGUGCAGUUAUAUUUUGUUCCUCCUUUACAUGCCUUCUCCCUUGAUGCAUUUAGUGAUAUUGUGAUAUACCAUUAUGUUGUGAUAUGUAUUCCUGUGUUAUCAAUAUCAAGAGAAUUUUGCUCUG